AUUACGACGACGCUUCAUCCGGUUGGUUUCGCUGCUUCCCCCUUGAGUAAUGGGCAUGUAGAUAAUCGGUUAUAGUCCUUAUUAAACUUAUUCUACCACAUGGUUAUCGUCCUCAGAAGACAUCAUGUUUAGUUGGAAGGCGCUGCAGAAGAACAAGACGGUGCGAUAUGGCGUCCCGAUGAUGCUGCUGAUCGUCGGAGGCUCCUUCGGGCUGCGGGAGUUCACUCAGAUCCGCUACGACGUGCAGAAGAUCAAGAGAAAGAUGGACCCCUCCCUCGAGGCCCACGUGAACACGAAGCGGCAGGCAGGGUUGCUGCAAGAGGAGUACCAGAAGCUGCAGGAGGUGAAGCUGGACGAGUGGAGGAACAUCCGGGGUCCGCGGCCCUGGGAAGACUCCAAGGAUUACCAGGAGCAGCAGCGCUCCCGCCAGAGCCCCGAGGCCUGAGGGGGGGGUGGGAUCCAUCCAAUCCCAGUGGACUCUGAGGGGGGAUCCAUCCAAUCCCAGUGGACUCUGAGGGGGGGUCCAUCCAAUCCCAGUGGACUCUGAGGGGGGGGGUCCAUCCAAUCCCAGUGGACUCUGAGGGGGGGUCCAUCCAAUCCCAGUGGAUUCUGAGGGGGGGUCCAUCCAAUCCUAGUGGACUCUGAGGUGUGUGUGUGUGUGUGGGGGGGGGGGGGGGGGUCCAGUCCACCCCACCCAACCCAAUCCACCCAAGCCCAUUGAACUCCGUGAGACCGGCGCUUCGUUCAGAAUAAGAACUUCCCUUUGUUUUGUUUGGACGUUAAAAUUUGAGGAUGUGUCACAAGUUGAGGAUGUGGGCGAUGAUGCUGCGCUCGGUGUUAGCAUCUCAACAUGCUAAUGCUAAGGCAUGCUUGUGUGCGUCGUAGGGUAAUUACGUUCUUUGCAAGCGCAUUGACAUACUAUGCUAGGGUGCUAAUGUGCAAGUGCGCUUUGAAGUGUUUGUUUACGUACUUACACGCAGAAAGUGUUCGGGCUAUAUUGACAGGUUCAGCACAGCAAAAAGGUUAAUUCGAUUAAUCUGAUGCACUAGGUUUAACUGUGAGUUUAUCAAUCCUACCAAUCAGUCCGCAUCGGGGCGAUCAAUAGCUAAACCAGUCCGGGUCAUGUCCGUGUUCCGCUAUAUGACGUUACCUGUUGUAACACCUGUUUCAGGUGUAACAAAAGGUAACGUUUACACUUGCUACUCCCAUCAAUGCUCAAUUUUAGCACCAUUGUUUUUAAUUUAUUGAUUAAGAUUAUUAGAUGAUAAUUCUGAAUGAGAGGUGAAUUUCUAGUUGUGAAUCACAAUUCUUCUUACGGUGGAACUGUGGUCUUUCUUGGUUUGCUGUGUCUGUGUGUAUAUUGUGAAGAAUACAGAAAUAACCAUCACCAAUU